AUGGAUGAUAAAGAAGGAAGUAAGGCAGUAAUUGAAUAUACAAAAAAAUCUGUAGCGGAAGACAAACUGAAGAAAAUAACUGUAAAAGAUAUUAUGGAAAGUGAAAUGGUGCAUGUUGUUGAUUUCAAAAAUGGGAAAGGUAAAAGGAAGGGGAAACUUGGACAAUUGGUGUGUUCACCAUAUGUAGAUCAGAUUACGGAUGUGGAUGAGGCGGUUAAAGAUGAUGAAAACGUUGUGGCUCAAAGCAUAAUAGCAUGGGGGAAGAUAAAGGGUAAGAAAGUACAUUUUAUGGAAAUUAUAUGGGAGACUAUUGAAGGUCAUGGAAUGCAUUUGGAAGCUGCACAUACGUUAGCUGUAAGAACAAAAGUGCAUACCAAUGUAAUAGACGCAUGGGCUGCUUUCCUUAAUAAAACUGAGGAACUGAGGUCAGAGGCUUCUUACUCUAGGAUGUACUUCACAUGCGAUACAAUUACAUAUUACAUGGUUAAUGAAGCUGUAGAGGAGGAGCCGAGGUACAAUAAAUUCAGAAUUAUGUUUGUAGUUGUGAUUAAUGACAUAGCGGACAAACCAGAUUUGAAAACGGUGGACUUGGUAUGGAUUUUUUACAUUUUACAGUAUUUAAACAUGAUUGCUAUCACACAUUACUGA